GUGGCCGGGUGGGAACGGAGGCGCUCGGGUGUGGGCCCGCACAUCCGCCCUCGGCCGACUGUUGAGCCGAGGCAUGGAGGUGGGCUAGCGGCCGAAGCGAGGCCGAGCGGGGUGAGGAGAGCGCGGCGGGCUCGAGGCUGUGGGCCCGGCGGGCGUGAGAAAUGUUCUUUUGGGUCCAGAGUCUGGGUACACAUGAGUGCAAAUCCUCACCCAUUCACAAAUAAGCCUAGGAAUCUCCACCGAGAGGAUCACUUCUCUGUAGGCCGUUAGCCCAGGUCUCCACGGAUUUCUCGAAAACAUGUCUUCGAGGAAUGUGAAAGGUUCCCUUAACUUUUGACUUGGCUCCAGUACAUCACGAGAACACUCCAAAAGCUAUACUUUGAAAGCACUGGGGCAGAAUGACACAUGUUUGGUUGGUGUACGCCCGGUGGUAUUUCCACCGCUGACUUCCUCAAGCGCUAUGCGUCCAGGACCCACGCCGGGGAAUUUCAGACAGCCGACGAAGACCUCUGCUACUGCCUGGAGUGUGUGGCCGAGUACCACAAAGCACGCGACGACCUGCCCUUCCUGCAUGAGGUUUUGUGGGAAUUAGAAACCUUACGUCUCAUAAAUCAUUUUGAAAAAUCCAUGAAGGCAGAAAUUGGAGACGAUGAUGAAUUGUACAUAGUAGACAACAAUGGAGAGGCACAGCUGUUUGACUUCACUGGCCAAGACUUUGAAAAUAAGCUUCGAGUUCCUCUUCUUGAAAUCCUGAAGUAUCCGUAUCUGCUUUUACACGAGCGUGUUAACGAAUUAUGUGUUGAAGCACUUUGUCGGAUGGAACAAGCUAAUUGCUCCUUUCAGGUUUUUGACAAACAUCCAGGCAUUUAUUUGUUUCUGGUCCAUCCCAAUGAAAUGGUUCGGCGUUGGGCUAUCCUGACCGCAAGGAACUUGGGAAAAGUGGACAGAGAUGAUUAUUAUGAUCUGCAGGAGGUUUUGACUUGUCUUUUUAAAGUCAUUGAGUUGGGGCUUCUGGAAGAUCCAGACAUCUACACUUCUUCUGUCCUCGAGAAGGGUAAACUGAUUCUUCUGCCUUCGCACAUGUACGAUACCACCAACUACAAGAACUAUUGGCUAGGUAUUUGCAUGUUGCUGACCAUUCUUGAGGAGCAGGCUAUGGACUCCCUGUUGCUGGGCUCAGACAAACAGAAUGAUUUCAUGCAAUCAAUACUUCACACCAUGGAGAGGCAAGCAGAUGAUGAUAGCGUGGAUCCUUUCUGGCCAGCAUUACACUGUUUCAUGGUGAUUCUGGAUCGCCUCGGAUCAAAGGUCUGGGGUCAACGCAUCGAUCCUAUUGAGGCGUUUCAGACCAUUAUCAAUAACAUGAGCUACAAUAGAGAGAUCCAAAAUAUACGGAACAGCUCUGUAAGGACCAAGUCGGAACCGGAGUCGUAUUUGGGUGAUACAGUGACUUGUAGCCAGAUGGUGUACAAUUACAACCCUGAAAAGACCAAAAAGGAUUCCGGGUGGAGAUCAGCCAUUUGCCCAGAUUACUGUCCUAACAUGUACGAAGAGAUGGAAACGUUAGCCAGUGUGCUUCAGUCAGAUAUUGGUCAAGACAUGCGUGUUCACAAUAGCACGUUUCUGUGGUUCAUCCCCUUUGUUCAGUCCCUCAUGGAUCUUAAGGAUUUGGGUGUGGCUUACAUAGUAGAGGUGAUUCACCAUCUGCACUCUGAAGUCAAAGAUGUCCUCAACCAAACAGAUGCUGUGUGUGACAAAGUUACUGAGUUUUUCCUUCUGAUUUUGGUGUCCGUGAUUGAACUGCACAGAAAUAAAAAAUGUUUGCACUUGCUGUGGGUUAGUUCCCAGCAGUGGGUGGAGGCUGUUGUAAAAUGCGCCAAGCUUCCCACCACCGCGUUUGCACGGAGUUCUGAGAAGUCAUCUGGAAAUUGCUCCAAAGGAGCAGCAGUGAUAUCGUCUCUGUCACUGCAUUCGAUGCCGUCUAAUUCUGUCCAGCUGGCUUGUGUGCAGCUGAUCAGAAGUCUCCUUAAAGAAGGGUAUCAGCUUGGGCAGCAGACUCUGUGCAAGCGAUUCUGGGACAAGCUCAACUUAUUUCUGCGUGGGAAUUUAUCUCUAGGUUGGCAGUUGACUACUCAGGAAACCCAUGAGUUACAAACUUGUUUAAAGCAAAUUAUUAGAAACAUAAAAUUCAAAGUACCUCAGUGUAGCACUUUUGUGGAUCUGACUCCCGUAUGUAAAACCCCUCCUGCGUCUUACAAUAAAGAAGAAAGUGAACAGACAGGGAAAUCUAAAAAAGGCCUGCACUGUCUGGAAAACUCCAGCCCAACAUUUUCUAAAGGACCAAUGAAAGCUGAGGCAUUUCAGAUGCCAGAGAAUAGAUUGGUCAAAGCAAGUAACGCUAGCGAAGAGGAUAGUGAGCACAAUUACAUAAAAGAUUUGAAACUAGAAGGCCGUCUCUCAGCAGAGUCAUGCAUAAAGCAGGGUAGCAAAAGGCUUGUCCCGGAAAGAGCUCAAGAUGCAGUUAAAACAAGUAAAGGGAAGCAGAAGUCUGUGAAGGAGAAUCCUACGGAUUCCAGAAAUGGUCCGGAAAGGGGAUGUGACAGAGGGGUGAUAACAGCCGCACGUUCGUGGACUGAUUCUGGCACCGACUCUCUGGAGAAGGCGUCCACAUCAACUGAGGAUUUCUCUUUCAAGGAUGAUGUUCUUGGCAAAACCUCAAGAAAAACUAAGGGACAGAAAGCUGAAAUCUGUGCUAAGUUAUCACAUGUAAUAAAGAAGCAACACAGGAAAAGUACUUUGAUCGAUGAUGGCAGUUUAGAGGAAAAACUGACGGUGUCUACCAUUGACAGUUUCUUUUCAAGGAAAGAUUCAGGAGGUCAGAAAGGGGACGGCUUCAUAAACCAUCUCUCUUUAGACCCUGAUGACGUUCCCGAUGUUAAAAACGGGGAGCGAAAAUCUCAAAACAGUUUAUUGCUGAAGAAGAAACAAUUCAAGAGCAAAGAGUUAGAUAUUUUCUCUUCCCAUGAAAAUAGCUGUCAAAUACAGGAAUGCCAAGCAGAUGGUAAAGAUUUGGUCUCGUUUACGGAAAUGACCGAUACUUGUGUGAAGAAAACGUCUCCCUUCAAAGACCCCGUGACUCUUCUUGAAUCGAGAGAUAAGGAAGUUGGCAAGAGUACCACCAGUCAGGUGUCUUCUCACUUGAGGGAACAGGUUCCUAGCCUCAGUCCACAGUCCAACACCUUGACAGAUUCCCAGAUAGACCGAGACCUCCACAACUUAUCUUUGAUAGCCCAGGCCAGUGUUAUUAAGUUUCCAUCAGAGUCCACUCAAAAAAGCUCAUCCCAGCUACAAAGAAAAGUAAAGAUAAGAUGUUUCACAGCUAACCCGAAUAACGCUGGAGAAGCCUGCCGGGGCCAGGUGAUUAUUAUUUCAGAUUCUGAUGAUGAUGAUGGUGAUGAUGAUGAAGGGAUUCUGGGUUUUGAGAAACACAUUAAACGAGAUAAAAUAGGCGUCAAGAAAGAAUAUCCAGAGGAGCAUAGUUCAGUAGCUAGUACAAAUGUGGAACAGAAGCUAAUAAAGGAAGAAGAGGCAAAGUCCCUACUGGAGUUUGAGGAAUCGGAUUCUCAGUUUUUUGAGUUUGAAAGUCCACAUGAGGUGUUUUCAGUUUGGCAAGAUCGGGAACCAGACAACAAGAAUUCAGUUCAAGAGGAUGAAAACAAUUCACGUCUGACUCACAUAAACGAUGUCACGAAUGAUUGGGGUUAUGAUACAGAUUAUGUAUCUGAAGAGGUUAUUAAGAAGGUAGCAGAGGGCAUUGAAAAACACACAGAACCACAGAGUGGUAGUUCUGUCGGGGAAUUUUGUGAAGCUGAAGUGAAAAAACGUAAGAGAAAACGAUAUGAAAAGCCUGUAGCUGAAGAUCCUCUGAGGCCUUCACCUUCUGAGAGAAAUGAGGACCAGUCUGAUAAUGAGAGAGGUCGGACUGAAAAUGAUCUUAAAAGUAUAGAGCUGAGGUCAAGUUCCAGGUCGAAUCUUCAAAGAGGCACUACAGAUUCACUAAAGAAGUCUUCUCCAAAGCUUCGUACUUACUCCAAACCCGUUAGGAGAGUCCCGCCUUCUAAAACUAAGAAAACACAUUCAGAUACCAAAAAAGGGCAGAAUAAAAGUUCAAAUUACAUAAGUUGUAGGACGACUCCUGCUAUAGUCCCACCAAAGAUACUUCGCCAGUGCCCUGAACCAACUUCAGCUGUUGAAAAACUUGGUCUGAAAAAGGCUCCUCGUAGGGCAUUCGAUUUAUCUCAGCGAUCUCUAGGGUAUUUAGUUCAGUUACGGGACCAUGGCAAAACCGUGGGAGUGGUAGAUACCAGAAAAAAGACUAAGUUAAUUUCUCCUCAGACUCUCUCUGUCAGAAAUAAUAAGAAACUGUUGACAAGUCAAGAUCUUCAGUCGCGAAGGCAGGCGAAACACAAAUCAAAGCAGAAGAGGCAAGGCUCUCUGGGUUCUGAAAGCAGAGCUCCUACAAGAGCAGGGCUGCGUUCAGCACAGCAUCCUGACACUCUUGUCCCAGAAUCCGAUAGCUCAGAUUGUCGUGCUAAAGGAGGCGCCGAGGUGGGUGCUAACAAUACUGGGAAGCCAUCGAUAAAACGCGCGUCUUCUGAACCAGAACCCGUGAAAACGAAACGUGUUUCUCAGGCGGCUGAUGAUCCUUGCCUCUCGAACCAGUGCGCUUCUGUUGUGUUAAAUGGAAGAAAAGCAACACACGAAGCCAUUGUCUCUACGUCAGCUGACCCUUUAGGUGGAGGCGACCUAACAGAACAUCGUUUAGAGUUGACCGCUCUGAAAGAGGGAGAGCCCAGAUCCAACAGUGACUCGGAAGAUGAGAAAUUUCUAACCCAGCACGAUCCCGCAGAUAUGGAUUUAUGUUCACAAAUGGAAAAUGGUAACGAGAAACUCAUUGAAAUAGUUCAUGGAAACGGUACAGCUCUGAUGGAGGAAGAAUCUUGGAGCAGCACAAAAUGUAAGUACAAGGACUGUGUCGAAGCCGCGCAAAACCAGGGUGAAUACUGCUCCAAACACUGCGAAGCUAAAGCAGUGGAUGAAGGUGUGUUUCGUAAACCGGGCUUGCCCCCCUCUGCGUCCAAGAGACCCUCCACUGCCAAGGUCUUUAGCUCAAGUAGUACUUCACGAAUUGCUAAUCUUUCGAAGUCUUUGGAAAGUACCUCCGCACCGCCACCGGCCCUCAAACAGAAGUCAAACGGGGUGCCAUCUGGUUUGAAAGUCCCACAGCCAGCCUCUGUGUUGUCUCCAAAGCCAGUGGGUGAGGUGAAGAGUUUGUCUGAUGUUCUCCGUCCUCAGACUCUGAAUAAUUCCAACAGGCAAGGUUACAAGCUUACCUUUGGCGAAAGCAGAUCUUUUUCGGCUUCCUCUGCGGUAAACGUUCUCUUGUCCUCACAGUCUAUCUCGGACACCUUUGUUAAAGAGGUCUUAAAGUGGAAGUACGAAAUGUUUGUGAACUUUGAUCAGUGUGGGCCCCCCACCAGCCUUUGUCAGUCCAUCUCAAGACCGGUGCCUGUCAGAUUUCAAGAUUGUGGAGAUUAUUUCAAUGUUUUUUUCCCUUUGAUGAUACUGAAUACUUUUGAAACGGUGGCACAGGAGUGGAUCAGCUCUCCAAACAAAGAGAAGUUCUAUCAGUUGCAUGUACGGAAAUUUCCUGCUGAUUAUAAAAAGUACUGGGAGUUUGCGGUUCAUCUUGAGGAAUGUGAACUAACUAAACAGCUGCAUCCAAAGGAAAAUGAUUUGGUGUUUUUGGUUCUUGAAAAACAAAAUGGAGAGAAGAAGAACACAGAGAGAAAUCGCAUGCCGGAUCUCCACGAAUAUCACUGCGGUUAUGUUCAUAAAUUUCGCCGCACUUCAGUCAUGCGUAAUGGGAAAUCUGAGUGUUCCCUUUCCAUCCAGACUCAAGAUAAUUUGCCACUCAGUUUAAAUGAACUCGUGAAAUGCACUGUAAUCAGUUCUCUGGUAACUACACAAAGGAAGUUGAAAGCCAUGUCUUUGUUGAGUGGACGGAACCAACUAGCCAGAGCUGUUCUGAACCCAAACCCCAUGGACUUCUGUACGAAAGAUUUACUGACUACGACGUCUGAGAGAAUCAUCGCCUACUUGAAAGAUUUCAACGAAGACCAAAAGAAAGCGAUAGAAACUGCAUACGCCAUGGUCAAACACUCCCCGUCAGUUGCCAAGAUCUGUUUGAUUCAUGGACCACCUGGAACAGGAAAAUCAAAAACUAUCGUUGGCCUCCUGUACCGCCUGCUGACAGAGAACCAGAGGAAGGGGCGUUCAGAUGAAAACUCCAAUGCCAAAAUCAAACAAAACCGUGUCCUUGUGUGUGCGCCUUCCAACGCGGCUGUUGAUGAACUUAUGAAAAAAAUCAUCCUCGAAUUUAAAGAGAAGUGUAAAGACAAGAAGAAUCCUUUGGGAAACUGUGGAGAUAUAAAUUUAGUACGUCUGGGUCCAGAAAAGUCUAUUAAUAAUGAGGUCCUAAGAUUUAGUUUGGACAGCCAAGUUAACCACAGAAUGAAAAAAGACUUACCUUCUCAUGUUCAGGAGAUGCAUAGAAGAAAGGAAUUUCUGGAUCAUCAGCUAGAUGAACUUUCCCGCCAGCGUGCUUUAUGCCGAGGUGGAAAGGAAACACAGAGGCAAGAAUUAGAUGAAAAAAUUGCAAAAGUUUCAAAAGAGAGGCAGGAACUAGCUUCUAAAAUUAAAGAGGUUCAAGGACGCCCACAAAAAACACAGAGCAUCAUCAUCUUAGAGUCCCACGUCAUCUGCUGCACACUGAGCACGAGUGGCGGUUUACUGCUCGAGUCUGCUUUUCGUGGGCAAGGGGGUGUCCCCUUCAGUUGUGUCAUCGUCGAUGAGGCCGGGCAGUCUUGUGAAGUGGAGACUCUUACCCCGCUCAUCCAUCGAUGUAACAAGCUGAUCCUGGUGGGAGACCCAAAACAGCUCCCUCCCACGGUCAUCUCCAUGAAAGCACAGGAGUAUGGCUAUGACCAGUCAAUGAUGGCUCGCUUCUGCAAGCUGCUGGAAGACAGCGUAGAGCACAAUGUGAUCGGCAGGCUGCCUGUUUUACAGCUUACUGUUCAGUACAGGAUGCACCCAGACAUAUGUCUCUUCCCCUCUAAUUAUGUUUAUAACAGAAGCUUGAAAACAAAUAGACUGACUGAAACCAAUCGGUGUUCAUCAGACUGGCCAUUUCAACCUUACCUCGUGUUUGAUGUCGGAGACGGUUCAGAAAGACGGGAUAAUGACUCAUAUAUAAAUGUUCAAGAAAUAAAACUGGUAAUGGAAAUAAUUAAACUUAUUAAAGACAAAAGAAGGGAUGUUACUUUCCGGAACAUUGGCAUAAUAACCCAUUACAAGGCUCAGAAGACGAUGAUUCAGAAGGAUUUGGACAAAGAGUUUGAUAGAAAAGGGCCGGCAGAAGUAGAUACCGUGGACGCGUUCCAGGGCCGCCAGAAAGAUUGUGUUAUCGUCACGUGUGUCAGAGCAAACGCCAUGCAAGGCUCCAUUGGAUUUCUGGCAAGUUUGCAAAGAUUGAAUGUCACCAUUACACGAGCCAAGUACAGCCUCUUCAUCCUCGGACAUUUAAGGACCUUGAUGGAAAAUCAGCACUGGAAUCACCUGAUUCAGGACGCACAGAAGCGGGGUGCCAUUGUCAAGACGUGCGACAAAAACUACAGGCACGACGCAGCCAAGAUUCUGAAACUCAAGCCCGUCCUGCAGAGAAGUCUGACUCACCCGCCCACCGUGGCCCCGGAGGUGGCCAGACCCCAGGGUGGCUUGCCCAGCAGCAAGCCAGACGGUGAAUUUGCCAAGACGUCUUUCCCUUCCUCCCUGUGUCACGUGCCUUCUGGCUGUAAGGAAUCCACUGGUGCUGUUACCACCAAGGACCCUGAAAGACCUCCUAUUCAGGACCGGCUUCGGGACCCACGACUGCUUAGGAGGCUGGGCAUAGACCCCGAAGCCAAAGGGACGUGCCCGAGGGAUCCGCAGCCCCUGAGCCCCCAGCAUCCUGGGGCCACGCCUCCCUCGGGGGAGCCCGGCUUCCCUCUGGGUCACCAGGACCUGGGUGGUGCCCAGCUGUCCACCGCCGGAGGGACCACACUGAGCAACCAGAACCCUCCCGUGCAGUGGGAGCCUCCAGCUGCCGGUACGGAUGUCUCCGCGAGUAAAAGAGCAUGUGACUGGGAAGGAGGGCUCAGCCGCAGGAGAGAGACCAGGGCUUUCAGCGAAGGGGACCGGGAGACGCAGAGCCCUGAGAGCCGUCACCCGAAGAGGCGCUCCGGCUGGGACAACAGGAGACUGGAGGAGGAAGACCGUGGUUCCAAGAGAAGAAAGUUUUUAUAGUAAAGCCAAGUGACAGAGAUGGCCAGCCCCAGCAUCGUCGCAGACUUCGGAUGACCACUAAUGGGACCGUCCAGAUCCGAUUAUUUUUGUCCUUAAAGGAGUUUGUGUGCUGUUGGAAAACACGGAAAACGUAUCCUAACACCUGAACCUCUCGGUGUCUUCGAUAUCUUUUGUCAGCCGCAAAAGCUGUCGAGGGCGUUUGUGUGUCCGUUAUAUUGUUGUCCUUGAAGACUUAAAAUGUUGAUCUCUUGUUGUUGUAUAGUGAGGGAGACUGCAGUGGAUGGUGUAAAAGUUGAAGUGUACAUUUGUAUAGCAAAUAACAAAAUCCUUUUAAAAUGUAAUCUAGUAGACCGUUUUUCUUUCCCCUGCUUAAAAUGUUGCUCAUUUCCAACAGAACAAACUUUAUAUCUAAAAAAAAUAAAAAGGGGCAGGAGGAGGAGGAGGAGGAGGAGGAGGACAGGCCCUUUCAAACAUGGUUAUGGCAAGACAGACCUCUUCAGCCCGGGUAGUCUGCAGUAAGCUCAGUUAAUGCUGGUGGGUCAGAUGUCUCUAGUUCUAUUUAAAAAAAAAACAAGUGGAGUCUCCUGGGGGAACCUUCAGGAAGCAGAGCUACGUUAGGUGAAGUUCUGCUGAUGUUGGGUGUUUUUAGAUGAGACUCCUUGGCACAGAAUAUUACGUUUCUCUGAUGAGUUCGUCUACCUAUUUCAGGGAGCACAUGGGUUUCGAGCUAAAAUUCUGAUUUCCCCUUGAGAUAGAAGAAUACGAAAUGAAAGAAUCAUUCUUGAGAUACCAUUCAGAUGCCCCCCAGCGUAUUGUGAGCAUCCCGGAACCGGUGGGUUACAAGUCCAGUGGUCGUCAGGUGCCGCAUCAGUGCAGGGGGGGACCCUGGAAGGGCCACCGAGGCUUGGGUGUGAAAGCUUGCCGGUUGCCGGGAGAACCCGACCAGUUUGUUUUGGGGGGAGCGUGAGGAACUGCCUGUUACUCCCCCCCCCCCCCCCUCGGGAUUCUGGUCAUUAACCGGGCAGCCUGGGACCCGAGAGGGCAGGCCAGAUAGAAUAUUGUGGGCAGGAAAUCCCUCUCUUUGAAAAGAGAAGGAGAAGAGUGCAGACGUGUGAGGUUGAGACCCAGGAAGAGAGCGGACAGGUUUCCCGUGAGCUCUGGGGCCCGCGUUACCUGCUGCCAGUACAUCAGUGCGGCAGGAUCAUCUGAUCGGAGGGGAGGGUGCUGUUGUGGAGGGGGGUGCCAUGGCGAGCGGACGUUUGUCUGGACAAGGGAGGCCUGUCUGACCGCAGGGUCAGACGUGAGGGUGCACGGUAGCGAGUGACACUCGUCAGAACCAGUGGUUUGUAGCGACUGCUAGGCAGCCCAUUAGCUACUUUGGGGAGGAGACCAGACCCCUGGAGAUCCACGUGCACCAUUUAAAAUGCUGUCCUCUGAAAGAAAAAAAUUAAAAAAAAAUAAAAUGCUGUCCUCUGCUUUUUAAGCCAAGGGGGCUUUGUGUCAGAACUUCUACUGAAACUGGUUGUUUAAGAGCUUUAAAACAUUUGCCAGAAGUUUUAAACCUACCUUCUGUGACCCACGUCCCGCCCAGCGGGGUCCAGACGGCUGCUGGUGUUGGGCCAACACUCCUGGCCCUGGGCAUGUGCUCCGUCCCCCGUUGGUGGGCAGGACACUUGUCCUUGGCCACGCGGUGUCAGAAAGCGCAGGGUGUGGGGUGCAGGGCGAGCCCCACCCCGUCUGAGUCAGGGGCUCUGUAAGCUUCCCGCGUGUGCCUUUGGCACGAAACCUCAUUGUUAGUUUGAGUUCACUUUGCUGCUAUCUUGUAAGAUGCCUCAUUGAGCGGACACUUGGUGGUGACGAUUUAAAGGGUCAAAGAACUCCGUCGGCUCCUAAAAGGCGUGACAGUGACAGGCAGAGCUGGGGUCAGGAACUUCUCCCUCUGCUGGUGCAGCACAGAAAUGAAGAGAGAAGUGCUCCCAGGCCAAACCCGGGCGGUGCUCUCUCCUGGGGCCCCCAGUGUUAACACCCGUCCUGGCGCUGUGCUCUUCUGUUGGUUCGCCACCCACCCGGCCCGUGUCCUGACAGCCCCUCCCUGGGAACACGGUCCCGCCUGAUCCCGCAUUUGAAACUGUUUGUUGUUCUGGUUGGUAAAAAUGUUGGCAUAAAUCAUUUCAUACGGGCGCCUCUCUGGUGGUGGCGGUCAGAACGGUGUCGUUCUCGCAGAGUGAAAAAUACGGCUGUUUUCUUCGUCCUUGCCGUGGCGUUGGAAGGAAGUGCCCCGUUUUCUUUCCGUGUUCAUUCUCUCACCACGAAUAUAUCCCACUCAAACGCUUGUUUUGCCUCUUUGUAUACAAUCUUCCUUGGCUUUACUGUGCAUGGUUUAUUUGGUGAAUAUAUUUUCAUGUAUCAUUACCAGGAGCAGAUUUGAUAAGUACAUGUGAAUAACCUCCUGUAAAUGAAUUUUGUAACAAAAAUGCACUAAACUAUUUUCUAAAAUUA